CUCAUUUUUCCCUUCUGCCUCUCUUUAGCCCUCCAUUAGAUUUUCCCUAAGAUUCUCUCACUCUUUUUAAGUUUUUUUUUUGUUCUUUCUUUUUCUUCAUCAAAUCGAUAUUUUGUACAAACCCCACAUAAUCAUCAAGAAAUAUCAAUUAGCUAUGACUCUUGGUUCAGGAGGAUCUAGUGUUGUUGUUCCUCGCAAUUUCAGAUUACUGGAGGAGCUUGAACGUGGGGAAAAGGGUAUUGGAGAUGGGACAGUGAGCUAUGGUAUGGAUGAUGGAGAUGACAUUUAUAUGCGUUCUUGGACUGGCACCAUUAUUGGUCCUCACAAUUCUGUGCAUGAAGGUCGCAUUUAUCAGUUGAAGCUAUUCUGCGACAAGGAUUAUCCGGAGAAGCCACCAAGUGUCCGUUUCCACUCUCGCAUCAACAUGACGUGUGUCAACCAUGAAACAGGAGUGGUGGAACCAAAAAAGUUUGCUUUACUUGCAAAUUGGCAGAGAGAGUACACUAUGGAAGACAUACUGGUUCAACUGAAAAAGGAGAUGGCUUCUCCCCACAACCGUAAGCUAGUUCAGCCACCGGAAGGCACCUAUUUCUAGCGUUAAAGGGCAAUAACGUAUAGGUCUUCUUGUCAACUAUGUGCGAAAUUGUACUGCUGUGUUGUCACAUUGGGAAUUAAAAUGUAAAAGGGGUUGAAUGCCUGAAGAGGCUUUUCUCCUCUUACCUCACAAUGGAAUCUUGAUUGUCCCCUCUGCUUUUCUUUUUUUCUGAACUUCGACUAUGCUUGCUGUUUGAUUAAUGGAUUCAGUUCUUGUGCUA